CACAAUUUACUUAUUUUUUGUUGUUGUUAACACACCUAAGUUAUUAUUAGUAUUCCCAAAUAUAAAGCUUGAAGGAGAGAGGGGAGCAUAACAAUGGUGGAUGAAACAAUGUCCGAACAACAAAAGAAACGAACAAUGGAGGCAUUAGAGCGAAGAUUCACUCAAGCAAAAGCUGAAAUUCAUCAACAACAACACAAGAACAAGAAAAUCGGUGUUACGACAAAAACUCUAGCUGAAAACAACAUUGGACUCACCUCCCAGCGUAUCAAUUGCCUUCACUGCUCAAAUCAACGACACCUUCCUCAGCUCCGUCAUCCAAAAAAGGCCAUAUGUCUUUUUCUGGCCAUACAUCUGCUCAAGAUUUCUUGUAAAAACAUGACUGCUAAUGAUAUUUUGCACGAUCUUCUCCAACAUGGUGAUUCAGCUCAGAAAUAUAUUCAGGGGUCAAAAAAUGUGAAAGUUGAUAACUGGAUUCUUCUUGAUAAUGUUGUGCAAAAGAGCAGCAUUGCUACUGGAGCUCGUAGUCGGGCUUUGCAGAGACAGUCAAAGAGAUCUAAAAGACAGUCCAUAAAGCAACAUAAGAAGUUUGGAUCAUUCGAUUUCCAUCAAGAGUCCCACAACUAUGACAUAUUCAAGCCAAUGCAUGAUAAGUGGAAAGACUACGUGAAAAAACUCGUAAAGAAUAUUAGGAAAAAUCAGUUAUCACAAUGUCUUCUUAAUGCAGCCUUACAUGGUGCACUUAUUCUAGUUGUUCAGUGCACUAUAGGAGGCUUUAUUGGUGUACGUGGUAUCAUGAUUUGUGAGACCGUAGAAACACUUGGAAUAAUUACAGAAGACAACAAAUUCCAAGUUGUACCGAAAAAACUUUCUGUAUUUAUGCUACAAGUGGAUUGCUGGAAAGUUACAUUGCUUGGAGACAAACUCAUUUCAAGAAACAUGACUACAUGAUAUUGUUAACUCUCAACGGAGGAUUAUGAGAAGCAAUCUGGACAAAAAGUGAACAAAGAGGAGCUUUUACUAUUUGCACCAUAAUGUAGGAGUUGGUAUUUCACUUCAAG